AUGGAGAUGCAAGAAGUGAAACCGCACGGUCUCGAUGGUAUACCCAACACAUCAGUGGCCGCGGCGGAAGGACAAAGCAGCUCUGUGACAGGCGAUAGCAUGAACACCACCGAUGGAUCGAACGGAGAUAACCAGGUCGUAGAGUUAUCAAAUUGGAAGUUCUUCACAGUUCUUGUUUCCGUGUGCGCGGCCAGCUUCCUCGCAGGUUAUGAUGGAACGUGUGUUGGCACUUUGGGGCCAAUUAUCAGUGAUGAAUUCAACUCACUUAACGACGUGAGCUGGUAUGGAAUUGCAUACUCUCUCGCAUCGUCUGCCACAGUCCUCAGCUACGGCAAACUGUAUCUGUUUUAUCCGGCCGGUACAGUUUUUGCUCUGUCACUGGGUACAUUCGUCGUUGGAUCUAUACUCUGUGCGGCUGCGCCCUCGUCGAUAGCUUUUAUUAUUGGCCGCGCGAUCGCCGGCCUGGGAAAUGCAGGCAUACUUUCUGGCUGCAAUAUAAUAUUUGUUCGCAUAACUCCUCUUCAUCGGCGCCCAUUCUACCAAGCCUUGACAGGAGGAGUUGAGUGCAUCGCACUGGCUACGGCUCCUCUGAUCGCCGGAGCUAUUACAGCAUAUACAUCCUGGCGAAUUUGUUUCUACAUUAGUAUUCCACUGGGUGUGAUUCCGAUCAUGACCGUCCUCACGUUUCUGCAGUUGCCGAAGACAGCAGAACAAUCCGCGACAACCUCGACCCUGGCUCGGCUGCACCAACUAGAUCUCCUAGGCAUGGCGCUAUUCUUGCCAUUAGUUAUUUGCCUCGUGCUUGCGCUUCAAUGGGGUGGCAGUGAAUACGCAUGGAAUAGUAGACAUGUAGUUCCUCUGCUCGUGGUGGCUGGAGUCCUUGCAGUCGUUUUUGUGGUCCAACAAUACUACAUGGGCGACCAGGGCACAAUCCCUCACCGACUACUCCGCUCUCGGGUGUUGGACUUCAGCAUCGUAGUGAUUUUCGCCACAGCUGGUGCCCUUUAUGUUUUUACUUACUACCUGCCACUCUACUACCAGGCUGUUCGCGAGGUGAGCACGAUGCAGUCUGGUCUCCGCGACCUGUCCCGCAUCCUAGGCCUAGUUGUUGCUAUUAUUUUUGGCGGCAUUUUAGUCACCAGAAUUGGCUACUACAUGCCAUUUAUGGUUGCCGGGGGCACACUCAUGUCCAUCGGGGCCGGCCUCACCACCACCUUUGACCAGACCACCUCCCUCGGGUACAUCAUCGGUUACCAGGCUAUUUUCGGACUCGGGUGUGGUUUAACAUUCCAGCAGCCCUACACCGCUGUCCAAGCAGCGGUCGCAGGACCAGACGUCACCUCCGCAAUUGUGAUCAUUACGUUUGCGCAAUUCCUGGGCUCUGUCGUGAUGCUCUCUAUCUCUCAGAAUAUCUUCUUGAAUCACCUAGCUUCGGGCUUGGCAGCGGUGGUUCCAGGGCUAGACCCUACCCAGCUGCUUGAGUCUGGAGCCAUGAAUUUGAAGAACCUGGUUCCUGCAGACCAGCUUCCGAGGGCUUUGGGGGCUUACAACGAUGCCUUGGUGCAGGUAUUCUAUGCGGGUCUGGGAACCGCCUGCGCGACGGUCGUCGCGGCUCUGGGCUCGGGCUGGAAAACAGUCAGGCAUACCUCACCGCAAGACAAGCAAAAAUAA